UUUGUGUGAAGUGUGAAUUCGUAGGCUGGUUGUGAAAACUGAAAACGUUGAGGUUAAUUAUUUGAAUAAUAGUGUUCCUGCCCUGAUACAUUCAUUUGAGUUUUCAUUUUAAUUCAUAUCAAACUUGAAUUAUUCGGUCUGAGCACCUGGAAAAACUACAGUUUUGCGUCUCACCGCUCGCCGCAAACAAACGUAAAAAUGUUGGUCGGAGGAUGAGUAAUGGAAACUGAUGAUUGUAGAACCAAAAGAAUGCGUGGAAGAGCUCGAGGACGUGGUAGGGGGAGGGGAAGGGGAAGGGGCAGAGGACGUGGGAAGAAGGCAAUAAAGGUAAUUGAAAGUGAUGAGGAAGAAACUCCUCUUCAGGCACCGGAAGAAGUGACAGAAGGAAAUGAAGAAAACUUGCAGCCUCCAAAAAUCGAUCUUGAGGCUGACAUUUCACAGCUUGAGGCACCAACAUUCACAACUAUCAACCGAGGUCCUCCGGAACCUAUGUUACGACUUCGAUGGGACCAUCGUGUUAGUCUUAUGGGUGAAAAGGUUCUCAACCCCAUGAUUCACUGUUGUGAUAAAUGUUUGAAGCCAAUUCUGAUUUAUGGCAGAAUGAUACCAUGCAAGCAUGUUUUCUGCCUAUCCUGUGCAAAGCGCGAGGACAAAGUCUGUCCACGUUGUAUGGAAAAAGUAACCAGAGUUGAGCAGACAGGUCUGGGAACUGUUUUUAUGUGCACACAUGGUGGUACGCGCUAUGGAAACACGGGUUGCAGAAGAACAUAUCUUUCACAACGUGAUCUGCAGGCACACAUAAAUCACAGGCACAUAGCAGUGUCUGUCCAGGACCCACCACAGUUUCCUCUUGUUGUAACAACUGGUAGCAAUAAUAAACCAGAACCGUUACCUACAACAGCUGCUCCCCCACCUCGCAUGAAGCAUGAUCCCCGUUUACAGCGCUCACCUCCACCUCCUCCACCACCACCCUUUGCUCCCCCACCAUCUCACAGGCCACCCAUAAUGUUUACUUCCAACCCACCCCCUACAAUGCGUACUAAUCUCAUCACAGUACCAAUACAAGACUCGACUGCUCCACCACCUGUUAUUGUUGAUCCCCCACCUUCAGCACCUUACCACCAUUACACACAAGCACCACCACCACAAUAUACACCAUAUUCCGUUCCUCCUCCACAACCCAGUUAUUACCAAGCACCACCAGGGUACCAAGCAGCACCUGUGGCACAGUAUGGUGGACAAGGCGCUGUUCCUCAAGGUACUGCUGCUGUUGCGGCAGCAGCUGCAGCUGCUGCAGCAGCUGCUGUGAGAGCUCCUCAGUACCAAGAACAACAAGUAGUUCAACCAUAUGGAGCCCCACCACCUCAGCAAUGGCAGCAUCCACCUAGCAAUCCAGCCUUUUACAGAUGAAGACUGUGGAUUUUCUUUCACUGAUUUUGAAAAAGAACUGUAGACACAGUCUGAUAAUCAGUGUUAGAAGCUGACAAGAACUAUAGACAAA